AUCGACGCUCGCGAUGAAUGUGCAUGACGCGGAGGCGCCACCUCUGCCCGCUGUGGAUCGCGCAGCUCCUCCCGAUGGAAAUGUAGGUACCGGCAUCGAGGAAAUCUUGGAAUCGGCGACGCCGGCGACGCCGAUCGAGGUAGAGGAUUCGCAGGAGGUCCGGGUAGAGGUCCGGGAGGCGCAAGGCGCAGAGGAGAAGGGAUUGGAUGCUCAAGCGUCGGGGAUUUCAGCUUCCAUCGGGCCAGGCAAAGGAUCGGACGCUAAAGUGUCGGAAGUUUCGUUGUCGAUCCGGCCUGUGGAAGAACAAGCAUCGGUCUCGACCGUGGUAUCGACUGCUGCAGCUAGUGAAGAACCGGAUCGUUCCAAGGCAGACGAGUUUAAGUCCUUGCCUUUCUACAAGCUCUUCAUGUUUGCCGACUGGCUGGACGUGCUUCUCAUGUCGCUGGGGAUCUUUGGAGCCGUCGGGAAUGGCAUGGCACGGCCGCUCAUGGCUCUCAUCUUUGGACAGGUUGCCAACGCUUUUGGGGAGAAUGAGCACAAUGUCUCCAACCUUGUCCACGAGGUCUCCAAGGUUGCUCUUCGAUACGUGUUUUUGGGUCUGGGAACAGGAGCUGCGGCUUUGAUGGAGACUUCAUUUUGGAUGUGUGCUGGCGAAAGACAAGCAGCACGGAUUAGAGCUUUGUAUUUAAAGUCGAUUUUGCGGCAGGACGUCUCAUUUUUUGACAAGGGAAUCAGUACUGGCGAAGUGUUGGGCCGAAUGUCGGAUGACACUUUUCUUAUACAGGAUGCCAUUGGUGAAAAGGUUGGAAAGUUUGUACAGCUCUUGUCCACGUUCUUUGGUGGUUUUAUACUCGCAUUUAUCAGAGGUUGGAGGCUUGCGCUUGUCGUUUCAUCAGUGCUGCCCCUCCUCGUCAUUGCGGGAGCUACGAUGGCUAUGCUGAUUUCUAAAACGUCGAGUAGGGGACAAAUGGCUUAUGCUGACGCUGGAAAUAUUGUCCAACAAGCUGUGGGUGGCAUUAGGACGGUUGCAUCUUUCACCGGAGAAGACAAAGCUGUGGGAGACUAUGAUACAGCUUUGGGAAAGGCAUAUAGAGCUGGUGUUUAUCAGGGUUUAAGUUCAGGUUUUGGCAUGGGAUGCACGUUGCUAACGCUCUAUUUGAGCUAUGCUCUGGCUCUUUGGUAUGGCUCCAAGCUUAUUCUUCACAACGGUUAUACAGGCGGUGCAGUCAUCAACGUCAUGCUUUCGGUUCUCAUGGGAGGCAUGGCACUGGGCCAGGCUUCACCAUCUCUGCGUGCCUUUGCAGCAGGCCAAGCAGCUGCGUACAAGAUGUUUGAAGUUAUACAUCGCGUGCCUGCAAUCGAUUCCUACAAUAUGGAGGGUGCCAUUCUGACAGACGUGCAAGGGAACAUAGAGAUUGAAACUGUGAACUUCACUUACCCCUCACGACCAGGCGUACAGAUCCUAAAAGGCUUUUGUUUAUCGAUCCCGUCUGGGAUGACAGCUGCACUUAUCGGACAAAGUGGAAGCGGAAAGUCUACGGUCAUUAGCUUGCUGGAAAGGUUCUAUGACCCACAAAGUGGCGUGGUUUCUAUCGACGGCCACGACAUCAGAAAACUACAGCUCAAAUGGCUGAGACAGCAGAUUGGACUCGUGAGUCAGGAGCCAGUCCUUUUCGGAGUAUCUGUGUUGGAAAAUGUCGCCUAUGGAAAAGAUGGUGCAACCAAGGAGGAUGUGCAAGCCGCAUGUGAACUGGCCAAUGCUGCAAGGUUCAUCAGCAACAUGCCACAGGGAUAUGACACUCAUGUCGGACACCACGGUACACAAUUAUCUGGUGGCCAAAAGCAGCGGAUAGCAAUCGCACGGGCGAUACUAAAAAAUCCCCGUAUACUUUUGCUGGAUGAGGCUACUAGCGCGUUGGAUGCGGAGUCCGAAAGAAUCGUUCAAAAAUCUCUUGAACGUGUCAUGGUAGAUCGCACUACCGUGAUUGUGGCACACAGACUUUCGACAAUCCGGGACGCAAACUCUAUUUUCGUGUUCCAACAAGGAAAAAUAGUAGAAAGUGGGACGCAUUCAAGUCUUUUGGCUAAUCCAGAUGGCCACUAUUCUCAGCUUAUAAAACUUCAGGAAAUGCGUCAUGACGACCACCGUGACGAGGAGUCCGGCAGCAGCAGCAGCAGCAGCAGUGGUAGCGGCAGUCCGAAAGUAUCUCGUCGUCGGUUGUCAUCUCUGAGGGAAUCAAGCCUUCAAAUACCAGUACAAAGAGAGGUGCAGGAAAGUGGUCGCAGUCACAGCAGAUGGAAGUAUCUCUUUGGUUUGAAACAUAAGCCUCGGGAUGGGGUAAGUACAACUUCGUCGAUGCUACGGCUGGCUGCCUUGAACAAACCAGAAGCUCCCGUGUUUAUCUUGGGCUCGGUGGCAGCGGUAGUGAAUGGGAUAGUAUUUCCCAUGUUUGGCCUUCUUCUUUCAAGCAUCCUGGGAGUUUUCUAUAACCCCGACCGAAACGAGCUGCGCAAAGGUGCUAACUUCUGGGCUUCGAUGUUCGUCGUUCUCGCGUGCGCAUGCUUUAUUAUUAUACCCUGCCAGAUGGUCUCCUUUGCUUAUGUUGGCCAGAAUUUGAUCCGACGUAUACGCUACCUCACCUUUAAAACAGUUCUUCGACAAGAGAUUGGCUGGUUCGAUGCCCGUGAGAACUCGAGCGGGGCUAUAAGUUCCAGGCUAUCAACUGAUGCUGCUUAUGUGCGAGGAAUGGUGGGCGACAGCUUGGCCUUGACCGUGCAAAACUUAGCAACAAUCGCAGCCGGCUUGCUAAUUGCGUUUUCUGCUACGUGGGAGUUGGCGCUCGUAAUUUUUGCGCUGGUGCCUUUACUUAGCCUGCAAGGGAUCAUGCAAAUCAAAGUUAUGACCGGUUUCAGUGCCGAUGCAAAGGUGAUGUACGAGGAAGCUAGCCAUGUGGCUGCGGAUGCAAUAAGCAGCAUUCGAAGCGUGGCUUCCUUCUGUGCUGAAGAGAAAAUGCUGAAGCUAUACGAAGAGAAGUGUCGAAGACCUUUGAAGAACGGGAUUCGCCUGGGACUUGUUAGCGGUGCAGGUUUUGGCUGCUCGAAUGUGGUUAUGUUUUCGUCCUACGGCCUUAGCUUUUGGUAUGGUGCUCAACUUGUGAAAGACAGAAAGACAACGUUUCAGAAAGUUUUCAAGGUCUUCUUUGCAAUCACAAUGUCUGCAAUUGGAGUUUCGCAUGCUGCUGGACUGGCGCCAGAUCUCGGCAAGGUCAAGACUUCGGUCAUUUCUAUCUUCUCAAUGCUUGACCGCAAGUCGAAAAUCGAUCCAGCAGAUUUGCAAGGAAGCACUUUGGACAUUCUGCAUGGUGACGUCCAGUUUCAGCACGUAAGCUUUAAGUAUCCCAGUCGGCCAGGUGUGCAAAUAUUUCGAGAUUUCACACUGUUUGUUGAGGCCGGAACGACUGCAGCAUUGGUUGGAGAGAGCGGUUGUGGAAAAUCAACUGCAAUCUCUCUUAUCCAAAGGUUUUAUGAUCCUGAUUGCGGAAAGAUCUUCAUAGAUGGCGUGGACAUAAGGUCGCUCCAACUCAGAUGGUUGAGGCAGCAGAUGGCAUUGGUUGGACAGGAGCCAGUACUUUUCUCUGGGACGCUGGGCUCAAAUAUAGGCUACGGAAAGGAUGGAGUCUCAGAUGACGAGAUCAAAGACGCUGCGAUCUCUGCGAACGCUUACAAGUUUAUAAUGGAUCUUCCCGACGGAUUUGACACAGAAGUUGGCGAGCGUGGUACUCAGCUGUCGGGAGGCCAGAAGCAAAGGAUCGCCAUAGCAAGAGCCAUCGUGAAGAACCCGAAGAUAUUGCUCCUAGACGAAGCAACCAGCGCUCUGGAUGCUGAAUCGGAGCGCCUAGUGCAAGAGGCGCUCAAUCUCGUGAUGCAGAACCGGACCGUGGUCGUCGUGGCUCACAGGCUCUCCACCAUUGUCAACGCAGACGUUAUUUCGGUGAUGAAGAACGGGGUGGUGGCAGAACAGGGCAGACACAAGGAGCUGCUCCAGAUUGAAAACGGGGUGUACUCGCUGCUGGUGAAGCUACACGUUCGAAGCUGAGAGAAGACCACCGAAGCUGGCAGAGGAAAACGUCGCUUGACUGGUAAGGCCUUUGCUUUUCUUUCUAAUCUUCCACAACUUCCAGAUACAUGAGAAUCUUGGCCGUUUGCCACAUUCAUUUUGUGCGUUCUACGAAAGACAAAAACCAAAACGGUUUAAACGAGAAGUCGGUGGGAGCCGUCCAACUCGAAGCACACAAGCGAUCAAACUCUCCUGGCAGGGAAGGAAAUAUGGUGCCGUGAGAGAUCCCCGUCCAGUCUUCGAAUCAAGUCCGAAUCAAGUCCAAGUGGAAGUGAUACGCUACGUACAAAUAAUGGCUUUCGA